UAAUGCUAGGUCAGAACUCGCACGUGCACACCAGCCUUUCUGUCACCUAAUACAAACCCUUGCGUCGAUGAUGAACCAAUAUUGCAGUAGGCGAGAGGAAAUGGGAAAGAGAACAAACUUCUAUACGAACCUUUCUUUUACAUACAACAAAGAUUUCGACCUCAACUCAGUUCUUUAAAAUCUAAAAGAUGAUGAACCAGCCUCCAGCAAGGGAAAAGGUCCCUUACAAUCUAACUGACUGCAAGCGGUGGAGGUUUUCAUCUUCCAUGGCUAAAAUACACAAAAUUGAAGAAAGCGAUGGACCCAUGUCUCACCAUGAUUAUAUUCAGAGAAUUAGUAAGGUUCGGGUUCGGCCUCUGGUGGAUGAUUGGUUUUGGGAUAUGACGGUGAUGCAAGUAGUGAUUUCUCGGAAGGAGAAGAAACCAAGGAUCCUCUUCCUCAAAGUACUCGUUGUUCUUGUAUCUCUUUUUUUAGCAUUUAGCAAUUAGUUAUGCUUAUUGUUUUGAAAUAUGAACUAAGAUUGGUUUUCACAAUGUCUUUGUAUGAUUAUUAUUAUACCAAGGCUUUUUUUUAGGAAAUAUAAACAAUGUCAAUGAUGUAAUAAAGGAAAGAAGGUCACAAUGGUUUCCUAUUCCUGGAGAGCCUUAAUGUGUGGUGUGUGGCAAAUAUAGGGAAUAUAUAUGUGAUGAGGUGGCUUAGCUUGGCUUCUAAUUCUAUAUACUAUAUAGAUAUAGGAAGCCUAAUUUCUUAUUAUAUUACAAGUACAAUUAACUAAGAAGUAAGUAGCUCUUCUCUUUUUUUGAUCCUACCAGACUAAUGAUGAUAUCUGUAUCAUGGAUCGCAAAGUUGAUUUGUUGUUUGUUAAUGUUUUAACUAUAGAUGUUUCUAGCUAGGAGCAUAAUCCACCCGAGCAAGAUUUUACCAAGAUCCACAGGUUUGAAUGAUCUUGACAUUGAAAGAGUCUAAUGUUGUUGUCACUAAAUUUACAUGUGAGAAUGAGAUUUAAUCCACACACGUACACACAAAACAAUGCAUAAACUCACACAUACACCUACAUAUCAUCACAAAACUAUCCCUUGGUUGUUGAUUUUUUUUGCUUAGUUGGUCGAUUUUGCCUCUGGCUCUACUUUGCUCUUGUGUCUUUGGUUGAUGGUGAUAAAGUGACAAGUGUAGCAGCUCAUGAGAAUCUUCGAGUCCGAGUCUCUCGAAUUGAAGAAGAAGGUAUUCUAUGGGGAUUUGUUCUUUCUAGUAUUGGUAUGCAUUAAUGAUUUUUUUACGUAUAUUCUAUAAUCGAUGUAAUUUACUCAUUAAAUUUGAUGUGUUUUAAUGCAGUGAAACCAA